AUGAGCAAAGAGAGAGCUUCUUUAUUUCAUAGGUUGAACGAUUAUAAACCCCUGCGGAAUACCUCAGGAAGCAUCAAGGAAGAAAAUGAUGCCGAGGGCUUGAUCUCAGAAAUAACCAAAGAAAUGGAGUCUUUAAGAAAUUCCAACUUAGUUCCAGGAGCAAGAAAAAUGCCAGGGGAGAUGGAUCGAUUUGAUAAACUAGAUAUGCUUAAUUUGGAGUCAGCUCUGGACAGAGAGAGAAGACCCAAACAGGUCCUUGCUGAGGCACCUCCGUUCACGUUAGACCGUGCAAUGAAAGUCAAAGAGAAGUACCAAUCCGACCUGUGGUUAGAAAUUGAACGCCUGAAUAAGGGUAUUGUGCAACAGGACCCAAAUAUGUCUUCCUUGGCACUUUUUAAUACACCUACCAACCCUGCGGAUCAAUGUGAAACUGAUCCAGUUGAGAACAUAUUUGAACAGAAUCUAAAGAUCAAUUUUUACAUCAGUUCCAGGUCCACAUCUCCUUCCCUACAUAGUGGAGAUGAAGCUGAUUCAGUUCAGAUUGUAGAUUCUGCUCAUCUCCCAGUUCACACACCAACAAUACGGAGAAAGAAAUAUCAUAGUAGAAUCCUGUUUCCACCUAAGUGUAAGACACACCAGUUCUUCCUCACCUCCUUCACGGUUCCCACCAGAUGUCACCAGUGCACCUCCCUGAUGGUGGGUUUGAUAAGACAGGGCUGCACUUGUGACGCAUGUGGGUUCUCAUGUCACACGACCUGUGUAGGAAAAGCUCCAAGAGCGUGUCCGGUGCCUUCCCAGCAGAAGAAAGCUGUCUGUCUAGACCCACAAGAAGGCAUGGGGACAGCCUAUGAAGGCCGUGUGUGGAUCCCAAAGAAAGCAGGAGUGAAAAAAGGAUGGCAAAGAGCAUUGGGUAUAGUUUGUGACUUCAAACUCUUCCUGUAUGAUAUGGAUGAAGAAAAAGCAUCGAAAUCCAGCGUUGUAGUGAGUCAAGUGAUUGACAUGAGAGUUGUGCUUUUUCUUCAGGGACAGAGCAUUUUCUGUCAGUUCUGUCUGGCCCUCGGAUUUUAG